GCGUGCUGUCCACUCUUAGCAACAUCCGCAGCGGCGAGUCCGUCCCCAAAGCUGCUCCCCCACCCCGUGCCGAUUGAACAGAUGAGGCAGCCGCAGAAAGGUGGUGAGAUUUUCCUGGAAUCUCUCGCUGGGUUCAACACCCAAGAGCAACGUGGUGGAACCGACCGGGCUGGCAUCUCCACGACCUUUGAGAGGAAAUACCACUCUCGAGAGGAUUGGACUGGAGAGAGGACUUCCACCUCUUCUUUAGCAGCACUUUGUCCUGGGAUUUGCAGAGAUGGCAGGAGACAUGAUGAGGACCGAACCGUAGCAAGCCAUGGAAGGCCUCCAGCUCCGGGCCUCUAGCAGGCGUGGCCUCUUCCGGCUCUCGGCAGUGAAGGUGAAAUUGGUUCACGUAGCUCUGGUCUUCUUUUUCCUCCUCUCGGUGGCCAUGACCACUUGCUUCGUCUGGCAGUACAGCCUUCCUAAAGUGGAACCCAGUCCAACAGUAAUGGAAGUAAAGGCAGAUGCAGUCCAGAUGUGCCCCCGAUACCCAGACCCUGUGCCUUUAGAUCACCCCAUCCCAGUCUUGAAGGAUGCUCUGGAACAGGUGGACACACUCCUUCGCCUCAAAAUCCACAACCCCAGUCUUCCAGCAAUGUCUGCCAUUGUUAUCUACAACAACACAGUACUGUGGACUGGAAACUUUGGAAAAAGGAAUGGUUCGGACCCCCUCUCGAGCAUCCCCAAUGAAUAUACCGUUUACAGAAUCGCCAGCAUCUCCAAGAUCUUCCCCACCUUGAUGCUGUACAAGCUAUGGGAGGAAGGCAAAGUGACGUCACUCGAUGACCCUAUAGAACGUUACACCCAGAGCUUCACGAUCAAGAACCCCUUGGGGCGCCUCAAGGAGUCAGAGCAGCAGUACACGGCGGAUGGGCUGAUCUUCCUCGAGAAAGGCUCGGUGCCCCUCAAGGCAUCUCCGGUGACCCUGCGCAGAAUGGCCAGCCAGCUCUCAGGACUGCCACGGCGGCUGCGUUCCACCAGCCUGUUGUGGAAAGGAACCACCCAGGAAGCUCUGGCACUCCUGAAAGAUGACGUCUUGGUAGCAGACCCAGGAACCAGGUGCCAUUACAGCAACCUGGCAUUCUCAUUAAUGGCACACGUGUUAGCAGAACAUGCCGCCGAGUGCGAGUAUCAGCGCUGGGUCUCUGAGAACAUCCUGGACCGCUUGGGAAUGGAAGACACUGGCUUUGACAUCACACCUCCCAUCCGUUCCCAGAUGGCCGUUGGUUUCUAUGGCAGUGGACAGCCCGCUCCGCUCUAUGACCUAGGUUGGUACAGGCCUUCUGGCCAGAUGUACUCCACAGCAGCUGACCUUGCCAAGCUAGCCAUGGUAUUCUUGGGCACCUACCACCGGCGUCUUUUGGAACCAGACACUGUAAAGAUCAUGCUGACACCCCUCUUCAAAUGCUCCAGUGAAUACUUUGCCAACAAGACUGGAACACCCUGGGAGAUCAAUGAGCAGAUGGGCUAUGAUGUUAUUAGGAAGGAUGGUGACCUGGAUGGCUACUCGGCAACUUUUUCCCUGAUCCCCAAGCUCCGCUUGAGUUUCAUAGUGCUGAUGGCUGGGCCCCGUCCACAGGGGAGAGACAUUGUAGCACAAUCAUACGAGUAUCUGAUCCCAGCCAUGGAGACUGCCUUCCGGGAAGCGGAGAAGAGCCUCAAUGCGCCUCCAAGUCCCACCCCUUACGUUGGCUACUACACCUAUUCAAACCUGACCUUUUAUGAAAUAAAGGUUGGUGCUCAUGGGAUACUGGUCAUGCAGCAGUUUGGACCACAUAUCGAGAAGCUGAUCCCGGAGAAUUAUCGGACCAUCAGAUUGCAUCAUCUUGAGGACCGGGUCUUCCAAGUGGUGUUUGACAAGGAAUUCCCAUGCACCUUGAGCUUAGGGUCUGCAUCGGUUUCCCUGGAGACCCAAGAUGGGCAGCUGUUUAACUUCUACCCUUUUGAGCAGAAGGGGUUGUCUCCUGGUUUCGAUGCUCCAGGACUGAAUACAUACAAUGUGGUGCGCAUUCCACGCAAGCCGGUGUUCUACAGCUAAUUGCCAACUAAAGGGAAGGGGAUUUUGACACUUCUUUCUGGGCCCAUAACCUACUGUGGCCCAUAACUUGCUAUGGCCCCCAUGACCUGUUGGUAAUUCUCUCUGGUAAGAGAUACCUUUUUAUUACAGCAGAGUACACAGAGGCAAAAAACACAAAGACCUGCAAAACCAUGGGGAUUCAGAAAGGACAGCACACCAAUGGCUUUUUUUUUUGUGGUCUUUUCCUGUAAAACAAUAUUACUAGCUCCACUGAAGAUUGUUUGGACAUGUAAUUCUUUAUUAAAAUUAUUCACACCCUGCCUUUCCUAAUGGCUGAAGGCAGCUUACAAAUCAUAAUUAAAAGCAUCACAGUUUAGCAUAGACCCCAGAACACCACAACUGUCUUCUUGAACCCCACCCUAAGACAUGGCCCAUGGUUCUCAUACACUUACUGAAAUAGAUUCUGGGCAUUGAUCCAUCACAGAAACACAGUUUUUUUCAAUCGUGUGGCUGAGACAUGUUCUGGUUGAAGAUCUGGGCAUGAACAUGCUGUGAUCUGGGGUUAGAAGAGAAAAGUUUACAUUUAUAUCCUGCUUUUCUCAACCUUUAUGGAGUUUUGUUCCUGUUUGGGUAAGAGAGUUUGGGUUGUGGGAGGGUUCUUUAUGACCAUGUAGGUGUUUGACCAUGUAGGUGUGUGACCAUGUAUGACCACCGGUAUUUGUGUAACUACUUAUAGAGAAUACCCAAGUAAAGAACAUGGAUCUGCUUUGGCUACAGGAAUUGGGAGACAGUGAUUUUACUUCAAAAUGUCUUAUAUCCUGGCUGGACCUCUGGAAUAGGGAUGGCCAGUGGCAUCUGCAAGAUUCUCUUGGGAUUACAGUUCAUCUCCAGACCACAGAUAUCAGUUUCCCUGGAGAAAGGGGAUGCUUUGGAAGGGGAAUUGUGUGGCAUUGUUCCUCUUCUUUUCGGGCUCCAUCCCUAAAUCUCCAGAGGUUUCCCAGCCUGGAUUUGGCAAACCUACGGGCCUUCCAUCCUCCACCAGUGGACAUGGGGGCCCUGGAAACCCUAUCCCUGAAGCAGGCAGCACCCCCCGAGCUGGACCUGUUAGGAAGCAAAGCGUGCAUCAAAUGUCCCUACUGCUCCUGGAACAUAUUUCCUUGGCUGAUCCUGCAAGCUUGUAGCUUGUUUGAUCUUGCCACGCCUGGGGAAAGGCCUGCAUCGUUUUAUUCAAGCCAGUGACCUGAAUCUUGGCGUUUUAUCUUUCGGAGGAGCAAAUGGAUCUUGUCGUCGAAGGCCUGGCACCACGUCAGCCAUAAGGCUUUGGGGCGGAUUAAGGACUGAAAGAGAAUGUGAUGGGAAUAGUUUCAAAUCCGAGGAUUAAACCGUGGGUGAGGGAGGCCAGGAUAUGAAUCUGCACCCUGGGACGAUUACACGUGGCCCUGCGCAAUCCCAUUCACCAACGCUCUUGGGGACAGAAUCAGUCAGAUGGGCAAGGAAAGGAAACACUGGCUUGCAUUUGGAUGCAGACAGACUCAUGUUUCAAUCUUCCAAUGGAAAAAAAUAAUUAGAAAUUUCGAGGGGCUUGGGGGGGGGGGGAGGACCUCCUCUGAAAUAUUUUGAAAUGAGUGAAAAACGAUAAGGUUUUGCUUGCUCUAAAUUUGUAGUUUUGAAGAUUUUUCUUUCGGGCAGCAUUAGAGGAAGCUAAUUGCUGUAUAUACUCAACUCCGUCUUUAUUACAAUCCAAGAUCAGUGAACAAGAAUAGCAAUGAAAUGUAAUCCACAAUGAUUGUAUUUCAUAAUCACUGUAUAUGCCGUGCGCGCGUGCAUGUGUUUGUGUGUGCUGUCAAGUCGCAGCUAGCUUUUGGUGACGGCACAGAGUUUUCAAGGCAACGGACGUUCAGAGGUGAUUUGUGAUUACCUGCGUCCCAGUAAACUGGCAGAGUUCUGAGAGAACUAGGAUUGACCCAAGGCCACUUCAUAUGGAAGUGUGGGAAAUCAAACUCAGCUCUCUGUGUUAGAGUCCACUGCUGUUCACCAUCACACCACACUGGCACUAUCUGUGCUGUAUACACAGACAAUAUUCCAAGGACAUAUUUAUUGUUUAAAUGGGACUAAUUCUGUCUGCAACUAGUUUGCAAUAAUCUGUAUAAUAAUCCAACACUAUUGAAAACGUUGCUGUUUCCCAGGUUAUCCAUUUGCAAGAAAGAAUGUUAUAUUGCACGUUGGAAAUAUUGCCUUCCUUCCUUCUGUUCUGUAGUAAGUCAAGGAAGCUGGCCAUGUGAUAUCAGUAUUUGCUGCAAGUCCUAUAGUGGUUGAAUGAGAAACUGUGCCCAAGCAAUACACUUUCUUUUGUUUGCUACAAAA